CAAGCCCGGGAAGGCAAAGAGGCCCAGCCACCGUCACCAGGGAUUUUCUUUUCUUUUUUUGCUGGUUUCAGGCUUUUUUCUGCCUGAGUGAAAAUGAAACAAACACCCCCUGCGCCUCCCCGCCACCAGACACACACGCACACCGGCAGUCGCGCACUUGCGCGCCCGGCCUCCCAGCCGCGGUGUCCGGGGCGGGACCCUCUCUGCACAAACAGCCGCGGGCCGGGCCGAGCGGGGAGCGCGCCGCCCGCUGCCCAGCGCCCACCCGCUUCCUCGCGCCCCUGCCCGCCGCGCGCUGCCCGCCGCCCCGGAGGAGCGCCCGGCGGCCGGCCGGCCCGAGCGCAGGCGGCACACCCCGCCCCGGCACGCCCAGCCGGGCUCGGGCAGAGGCAGCGCGCCGACUGUUCGGGCAGCCGAGGACGACGCCGGGGCCGGGAGCCGAGGCGCAGGCCAGCCCCGAGCGCGCCCAGCUUCUGCGGAUCAGGAGUUGGAACGGAGCACCUUCCCUUCCUCCCAGCCCGGCCUCCUUCUGCAGAACGGAGCUCAAUAGAACUUCGUUGUUUUGCCUUUUACUCUGGGGGGAGAGAAGCAGACGAUGAGGAGAAAAUAAUGAAUGUCAAAGGAAAAGUGAUACUGUCAAUGCUGGUUGUCUCAACUGUAAUUGUUGUGUUUUGGGAAUAUAUCAACAGCCCAGAAGCCUCUUUGUUCUGGAUAAACCAGUCAAAAAACCCAGAAGUUGGUGACAGCAGCAUUCAGAAGGGCUGGUGGUUUCCGAGCUGGUUUAACAAUGGGACCCACAGUUACCACGAAGAAGAAGAAGACAUAGACAAAGCAAAGGAGCAAAGAAAGGAGGACGAAGAAGAGCUUCAGCUAUCGGACUGGUUUAAUCCACAUAAACGCCCAGAGGUUGUGACCAUGACCGGAUGGAAGGCGCCGGUGGUGUGGGAAGGCACCUACAACAGAGCUAUCCUAGAAAAUUAUUAUGCCAAACAGAAAAUUACCGUGGGCUUGACGGUUUUUGCUGUCGGAAGAUACAUUGAGCAUUACUUGGAGGAGUUCUUAACAUCUGCUAAUAAGUACUUCAUGGUUGGCCACAGAGUCAUAUUUUACAUCAUGGUGGAUGAUAUCUCCAGGAUGCCUUUGAUAGAGCUGGGUCCUCUGCGUUCCUUCAAAGUGUUUGAGAUCAGGCCUGAGAAGAGGUGGCAGGACAUCAGCAUGAUGCGCAUGAAGACCAUCGGGGAGCACAUUGUGGCCCACAUCCAGCAUGAGGUCGACUUCCUCUUCUGCAUGGACGUGGACCAGGUCUUCCAAGACACCUUUGGGCUGGAGACCCUGGGCCAGUCGGUGGCUCAGCUACAGGCCUGGUGGUACAAGGCAGAUCCUGACGAGUUCACCUACGAGAGGCGGAAAGAGUCCGCAGCAUACAUUCCGUUUGGCCAGGGGGAUUUUUAUUACCAUGCGGCCAUUUUUGGGGGAACACCCACUCAGGUCCUAAACAUCACCCAGGAGUGCUUCAAGGGAAUCCUCCAGGACAAGAAAAAUGACAUAGAAGCCGAGUGGCAUGAUGAAAGCCAUCUAAACAAGUAUUUCCUUCUCAACAAACCCACUAAAAUCUUAUCCCCAGAAUACUGCUGGGAUUAUCAUAUAGGCCUGCCUUCAGAUAUUAAGCUUGUCAAGAUAUCUUGGCAGACAAAAGAAUAUAAUUUGGUUAGAAAUAACGUCUGACUUUAAAUUGUGCCGGUAGGUUUCUGAAUUUGAGAGAGUAUUAUUCUGGCUACUUCAGAAAAGUAACACUUAAUUUUAACUUAAAAAAAAAUACUAACAAAACACCAACACAGCAAGUACAUAUUAUUCCUCCUUGCAACUUCAAGCCUUGUAAUAUGGGAGAAUGAAUCUAUGGCAAUCAGAUGUAAAUUCCUAGUGAUUUCUUAUCUAUUCUGGGUUGGGGGGAUACACUAUCAGCUAAACCAAAAAAAGAAAAGAAAAUUGUCAUGGGCAAAGAGAAAGCCAGAAACACUCUACAUGCGUCAGUUGACCUACCAUAGAAAAGUAUGCAUAGGGAAGUGUUUGGCAACAAGAUACAAUUGUGAGCGGUUGUCCUCUUGAUUUCAGUGUCUUCCUGUCUCUGCUGAGUCUAAAGCAACAGAGUUGCUUUGCAAACAGGAGAACUCUUAGUAGGACACAGUUAACCUUGGCAACCCUCAAGUGGUUUCAACAGCAGAGUACUUCAGGCCAUUUGUAGUCCACGUCCUUUUCUUAUCAGGACGUUGUUUGGCUUCCGUGCAAAGACUGGUCAAGACUCCCAGUGGAUAUCACAGUGACGAAUGUUGGGAGUCACAGGGAAUCUGAUGAGCCAGUGGGUGCUCAGCAUGAAAUGAAAACAAAGCCUCAAAGUAAGUUUGCUAUGAAAUAGCAAAGAGAGAGUAGAAAGACUGGGGACUGAUCACUGUGGGGGCAAUGCCACCUCUAAGGGGAACAGGGCGUGGGGUUGGCACAUAAAUACAGCAGCAUGGAUCCAGGCGCUGAAUGGGAGGCAAUGUGGGUGGUCUCCAGUCUCCUCAACCGUUAUGACACCAAGAGAAGUGUUGUCUUAGAAGAUGCUUCUUGUUUUGGCCAAGUCAUAUUCGGUCCACCAUGCUCUGGAACUUGAGUCUUCAAAUCCUUGGCCAGAGGAAGUGGGUGGUGUCAGAGUAGACAAAGACCUGCAGGGGAUUGAAGAGGCUUGCAAGGGGUUACGUUUCCCAGACCUGGGCUUCAUGACAGUCAGUCAUCAGCAAAUCCUGCCACCACCUGCUCUAACCCUCAGCCCAUCAUGCCCCAACUUGGAGGGCUGACAUCAAGGAACCUCUUGUUUUCCCCUGCCCCAUCUGCACUACUGAAGCGUAACAACCAGAUGUGUAUAAUAAAACAGUUCAUUGAUUUUAUAUCAAAAGUAGAGGGGAUGGCAAUGGGAGACCCAGUCUUCGUGACUGAACAGCUUAACAUUCAAUUCCUUUCUCUAAGAGAAGCUAUGAAAUCUUACAUAUUAUUUAAAGUUAAGCAAUUCAAUGUAAAGGAAGUUAGGAGGCAACAUUUACAUAUGCAGGCACGUUUAUAUUUUGCUUGUGUUCCAGUUUAGGUCACUGGUUUCCAUUUUCAAGCAAUUUACUUGAAGAGCCAUUGCACUGGCUUGAUGUUCAGCACCAUGGGCUUCUUUGAUAAAAUCAAACCUCCAUUUUCGCUACUGUUUCACUGUGCCUCCUAGUCUUCAAUUCUUGCCAAGAAUUUUCACAACCCAGCAAAACAAAACAAAACCAUCAAAAAUCCUGAAGAAGUGCCCUUGUAAAAGAAAAAGGAGAUUGCAGGUCAGUUAGGACUCUUGCUUCUCUAUAACUCAAGUUUUCUGGGAUCCAUUCUGGAGUAGGGAGAGUUCAUGGUUUAAUUCCCAAAGCAAAGAAAUGAUCUAUCCUCAAAGAUUAAAGGACUGAUGUUUCCUUUUGAAGGAAUCUUGAUUUUUUUUAAUUCACUUAAAGUUAAAUUCCAAAUGGACAAACUCAAGAUGUUAUUAAUAGUUCGGUAUUAAAAUAAAUAAAUAAAAU